AUGGCAACGAUGAAAGAUCUAAGCCUUAAAGGGUAAGGAAACUUAGUUUAUCGCAUUUUGAUCCGACGAUAUUUUGCUAGUUGACGUUAUAGAAACCAUGCAUUUGUUCUCUCUCUUCAGUUACGAUGGAACAAACUUUAUCAAGAAUAUUGAAGCUGGUGUUGAAGAUUGGCAUCGUGGUAAACCUCCUAGAAUUAUACGGUAUUUUUUAUUGUGGAUGGGCACACGCGUUAUAUACAUAAUUGCACCUGGUUCACUGGAUUUUUGCACAAUUUGCGUUUUUAGUACGCCGCGCAUCGUAAUGUUUUUGGAAAUAAAAGGUUUUAUUGUAAAAUGUCAUUACAUUUUCGUUCAUUUAUAGAAACAGGGAAUCGGUCCCAACGAUGCGGCUUAUGUAUAUCCUGUCGAAGUACUAAAUUUCCUGAGCGAUAUUGCGGUGAUGUAAAAGGAGAGAUAAGAGAAGUGAGUUUGAUAUUCUGUACGCAAAGCCAAAGGUCACUAUAAAAGCCGCGCAGGGAACGAAAGGGCUAAUUCUAAUAAAGCUUUUCCAGUUUUCCGGUUAGUCAUGCACUUGUGGCUAAAUUAGUAAAUAUGGCAAAAAUGAUAAGUCGCCAAAUCAAUGUUUUUAUUCUGCUUCUAGGAUGCUUACAAUAUUGAGCUGGACAUCUUUUGUGAAGCUUUGAAGAUCCCGAAGUUGUGUGUAGAUUAUUAUAGUGUUAGUCAAAUAAUUAAGUUUAAAAAUAUGUGUUUUAAAAG